AUGGCUAAGUUUGAUGUAGAAGCAGCAUAUAGGAACAUUCCAGUUCACCCUUCAGAUCGGUAUCUAUUAGGCUUAAAGUGGCGUAAUCAGUUUUAUGUUGACUUGGUCCUGCCGUUCGGAUUGAGGUCAGCUCCACAUAUCUUUAACUCUGUUGCUGAUAUGGUUGAAUGGAUUUUGAUAAAUAACUAUGGUCUAUCAGAUUUAGUUCACUAUUUGGAUGAUUUCAUCACAGUUGGUCCAGCAGAUUCCCCAGUAUGCCAUYAGAAUCUGGCCAUAGCCUUGUCAGUGUGUCGACGACUCGGGUUGCCUCUACAUCCAAAGAAGUGCGAAGGUCCUAYCUCGGCCCUKAMCAUCCUAGGCAUCCAUUUGAAUUCAGCUAAUCAGACGGCGCAGCUUCCUGAGGAAAAACUGACGGCUUUAAGAGAGCUUCUGAACCAGUGGUCAGGUAGACGUUCUUGCAACAAGAAGCAACUGGAAUCUUUGAUAGGUCAUCUUCACCACGCCGCUAAGGUGGUGUGGCCUGGMCGGGCUUUCAUCAGACGCAUGAUUGACUUGUUGAGAUGUUUUCGCACGAGGGACCAUCCCAUUCGUCUGAAUCGUGAGUUUCAACAGGAUGUGGAAUGGUGGGUCAMGUUCCUMAGUACGUGGCAUGGAGUUAGCUUUUGGCUCUUUCCCGGUUUGACACCUAAUCCAGACAUUGAAGUGUUUUCUGAUGCUUCAGGUUCGAUYGGUUUUGGAGCCUUCUGGGGUAGAGAAUGGUUUAAUGGUAGAUGGUGGACUUGCCAAGAGGACCUGUCCAUAGCCUACAAGGAAUUGUUCCCAGUGGUGAKUGCAGCAACAAUUUUUGGACAUAGAUGGCAUAGGCAGCAUGUGCUAUUCAGAUCAGACAAUGAAGCAGUGGUUGCGAUUCUCAACUCUAGAACUUCGAAAGUUCCAGCUAUCAUGUACCUCCUUCGCCACCUACUCCUCUCUGCAGCUAACUGUCAGUUUUCAUUCUCUUCUGCUCACAUACCUGGAAUUGAAAAUGCAACUGCUGAUGCUUUAUCUCGUUUUCAUUGGCAGGAGUUCCGUCAACUAGCACCAGAUGCCUUGGCCCACCCAAUCUGCAUUCCUCAACAGGUCCUACAGGACCUAACCCRUCCGCUUUGGAGUCCCAGUGCUUAA